AUGGCGACGCGGGUGCUGACCAUGAGCGCCCGCCUGGGCCCCGCCGUGCCGCAGCUGUCGGUGGCGCAGGACGAGCCCGUCUUCGCGCAGCUCAAGCCCGUGCUGGGCGCGGCCGCCUCGAACCCGGCCCGCGGCGGCGGCGGCGGCGGAGACGCGGCGCUCUUCCCCGGAGCGGGCGGUGGCGGCGGCGGCGGCGGCGGCGAGGAGCUCAAGCACUCGCACUCGCACCACCACAGCCACCACAAUCACCACAACCACCACAACAGCCACCCCAGCCACCACACGCAGCCGCCCGCCGCGCCGCCCGCCGCCGCUGCGGGGUCCCGGCUGCCCGCGGAGGAGCUGGUCCAGACAAGAUGUGAAAUGGAGAAAUAUCUGACGCCUCAGCUUCCUCCAGUUUCUAUAAUUCCAGAGCAUAAAAAGUAUAGACGUGACAGUGCCUCAGUGGUAGACCAGUUCUUCACUGACAGUGAAGGGCUCCCUUACAGCAUCAACAUGAACGUCUUCCUCCCUGACAUCACUCAUCUGAGAACUGGCCUCUACAAAUCCCAGAGACCAUGCGUGACACACAUCAAGACAGAACCUGUUACCAUUUUCAGCCACCAAAGUGAGACGACAGCCCCUCCUCCGGCCCCGACCCAGGCUCUCCCCGAGUUCACCAGUAUCUUCAGCUCACACCAGACCGCAGCUCCAGAGGUGAACAAUAUUUUCAUCAAGCAAGAACUUCCAACACCAGAUCUCCAUCUUUCUGUCCCUCCCCAGCAGGGCCACCUCUACCAGCUACUGAAUACCCCGGAUCUAGAUAUGCCCAGUUCUACAAACCAGACAGCCGUAAUGGACACUCUUAAUGUUUCCAUGUCAGCCGCCAUGGCAGGCCUUAACACACACACCUCUGCUGUUCCGCAGACUGCAAUGAAACAAUUCCAGGGCUUGCCCCCUUGCACAUACACAAUGCCAAGUCAGUUUCUUCCACAGCAGGCCACUUACUUUCCCCCGUCACCACCAAGCUCAGAGCCCGGAAGUCCAGAUAGACAAGCAGAAAUGCUCCAGAAUUUAACCCCACCUCCAUCCUAUGCUGCUACAAUUGCUUCUAAACUGGCCAUUCAUAACCCAAAUUUACCUGCCACCCUGCCAGUCAGUUCACAAAACAUCCAACCUGUCAGAUACAAUAGAAGGAGUAACCCGGAUUUGGAGAAACGGCGCAUCCACUACUGUGAUUAUCCUGGCUGCACAAAAGUUUAUACAAAGUCUUCUCAUUUAAAAGCUCACCUGAGGACUCAUACUGGCGAGAAGCCGUACAAGUGCACCUGGGAAGGCUGCGACUGGAGGUUCUCGCGCGCUCUGACGAGCUGACCCCGUCACUACAGGAAGCACACCGGAGCCAAGCCUUUCCAGUGCGGGGUGUGCAACCGCAGCUUUUCCCGCUCCGAUCAUCUGGCCCUGCACAUGAAGAGGCACCAGAACUGAGCCGAGCCGCUGUGGGCCCGCUGUGCCUGUGCCAUUCACACUGCAGAUCACUCGGCAACAUUUUAAUAA